UCAUUUAAUUUUAUAUUUGUUACGUGACAGCAUUAAUGAACGUUGCUAAGCAAAAUCUGAUAGGUAGCAUUUUUCGCUAUCGAAUUAUGCUACCAUCUGUUUUAAUGGGAGGUAGCAAAAUCUGAUGACACAAGUUUCUUCUCGAACUUUCUUGCCCGUCCUUUGUCGCCUCUGGGACCCUCGCAGUGUCUUUCCUCGAUAAGAACACGUCGCUAGAUUGAUUUGUUGUAUAAAAAAACUUAGUUCGUAUAUUGUAAAACAAUAUAAAAAAAAAAAAAAACCGAAUCAAAGAAAACAAUUUCAGAGCUGUUUUAUAGUAGUCUGCAACGCAACGUCCGGGGUCACCUAGCGAAAGUAACCCGGGCGUGACAGCAUCGAAGAUGUGCCUCUUUCUGCUAGUUAUUUUCUCUCUCAUCAGCGCCAGUGCAGCUGAGAUGUCGCCAGAGUUUCGUCGAUGCUCUCUCCAGUGGGUGAACGCCGGUCAAGUUAAAGUCAGCUGUAACAACACCCUGAUCGCACAGCACUGUGAUCCUGAUCAGAGCUGUCGAAACAUGAGCAAGCCCGGAGUCUCGCUGGAAAAGGACAGGGAGAGAGUAUGCCUAACCAUCACCAACUGCUCCUAUGAUUCAUGGUCCUGCGAAGCACGGGGUUACAUCGAUGGCAAAGAAUUUGGGGAGAAUGUUACUGUCAACGUGACGUGCAACCAAGCUACUAGCACUUCGCCUAGUCCAGGACUUACAAGCACUUCAGCAACUUCAGCAUCCACCAACACUUCUACCAGUCCAGAACCUGCCAGCACUUCUACCAGUCCAGACAAGUCACAUUCAGAGUCUAUUGCUGCUGGGGUCACUUUGUGCUUCAUUGGGCUGAUCAUCAUCGGGCUGAUCAUCGUGCUUUGCAUCUGUUACAAGAAGGUGAGGUGCUUCAGGAAAGUAAUUCGUCACAUCUUUUGUCGUCAACAAUCUAUCAAUAGGACUACUAAAAAAGAGCAGGACAUUGAGUUGGAAGAGAAGUCCCUUAAAUCAACAAACAUAGUGUAAAGUAAUAAGAAAAACAUACAACAUGAAGGAGGUCUCUUCUGCCACAGCUCAAAUAUGUGCAAUAGUUAAGUGACAUCCUGGCAUACAAGGCCGUCAACAGACCAUUGUCUUAUUGUAGAGGUCUGCAUGAGAGGACAUCCCACCUGUACUCGGCUAUCAAAGUCUGUGCCACACUGUUGGGUCAGAUCCUAUGGAUGUGCCUAAACCUACCAGAAGCCUCAAAAGUUCUUCUAGAACAGGGUCACCUUUGGCUUCCUCACUGGGUGACACAAAGACCACAGUAGGUAUUGAAGAAGUGCUGCUUAAAAUAUAUUUAUAAAUAUUCUGUAUUUUAGUUUGAUCUAAAUUAUUUUAAUGUUAACUUAACGCUUGCACAUUUUUAUUGUAAAAUAAAAA